AGCCAAUCAGAAAGCAGCAUUGCGAUAAUCCGAAGGAUAUCCAGUUAACGCACUUUGACGAAUGUAUUUCUAGUUAAUGGUCUUUCUCGUUCGUAGCUCGUAAGUGUCUAGAUCUUUUCACAAUGAAGUUGAACGUAUCGUUCCCGGCAACGGGAUGUCAAAAAUUAUUCGAGAUUUCGGACGAGCAUAAGCUCCGGAUGUUUUAUGAAAAACGAAUGGGAGCAGAAGUGGAAGCUGAUUCUCUUGGAGAUGAAUGGAAGGGAUAUGUAGUACGUAUUGCUGGUGGCAAUGACAAACAAGGUUUCCCUAUGAAACAGGGUAUUUUAACCAAUGGUCGCGUACGUUUAUUAUUGUCGAAGGGUCAUUCGUGCUACAGACCUAGACGUGACGGCGAAAGGAAACGUAAAUCUGUACGUGGUUGCAUUGUCGACGCAAAUUUGUCUGUACUUGCCUUGGUAAUUGUGAAGAAGGGAGAGCAGGAAAUUCCUGGACUUACCGAUACGCAAGUUCCACGACGUUUAGGACCAAAAAGAGCUAGCAAAAUCCGUAAGCUUUUUAAUCUUACAAAGGAGGACGACGUACGUCAAUUCGUCGUUAAAAGACCUGUUCAGAAAGAAGGGAAGAAAGAACGACUAAAGGCACCUAAAAUACAGCGUCUUAUUACUCCGUUAACAUUACAGAGAAGAAGACAUAGGCGUGCAUUGAAGAAGAGGCGUUGCUUAGCUCGUAAGGAGCAGGCUGCUGAUUAUGCCAAGUUGCUGGCUCAAAGACAAAAGGAGGCAAAGAAUAGACGUAAGGAAGAAAUUAAACGAAGACGUAGUGCUUCUAUGCGCGAUUCAAAAUCAUCAAGUCAGUCUGCACCAAUAGCAACGCAGAAAUAAAAGAAAAUUUCAAAUGCAUUGUAAGAAGUAUCUAUAAGGUAUUAAAGAUAAGAUAUAGUCUGUCUACAAAAUAAGAUAGAAUUAAGCUAAUAACUCUAAGUUCUAAUAUAUAUUAUAAUUUGAAUUUCAA